GGUCCGCGGGCCUUGGGGCUCCCUCCAGGUGGGGUCAUUUUCUCCUGUACUCAGGGCUGACCGAGGAGGAGUUCGGAAGCCCCGAAGAGUUUAUAAAAAUUUAUUCAUGAAAAUGGCUUCCUGGUUAUAUGAAUGUCUUUGUGAAGCUGAACUUGGACAGUAUUAUCCUCAUUUUACUGCCCUUGGCCUUCAGAAAAUAGAUGAAUUGGCCAAGGUUACCAUGAAGGACUACUCCAGAUUGGGAGUCUAUGACAUGAAUGACCGCAAACGUCUCUUCCAACUUAUCAAAAUCAUUAAGAUUAUGCAGGAGGAAGAUAAAGCAGUCAGUAGUCCAAAGCAUUGUUUUCAGACAAGCAGCCUAUACAUCAAGCCUCAGGAAUUCAGGUCUGGCCCUCGCAGACAACUGCAUUUUGAUUCUCCUGUUGACAGUAAAGACAGAAGUGCCAGCAAUGAAAUGUACAAUUUGUCAGAUUUUUCUGCAAAUGAACCAAAGUUCAGCUACCUGAAAGAGUUGGAACACAUGCUGCCUGAUGAUUCCCAGUACCAUACAAAAACCAGAACUCUGAAUGCCACUGCUGCUGAUUCCUAUGUGCAAACACAAAGUAAUACUUCAUUCUUUUCAUCAAAUCAUUUUUCUCCAAUACUAGGAAAUUGUGAUAUUCCCAUUAUUCAAAGAGUCUCUCAUGUUUCCGGGUAUAACUAUGGAAUCCCUCAUUCUUGUGUCAGACAGAACACCUCAGAGAAUCCUUGGACCGAGAUGGAAAAAAUCAGAGUUUGUGUUCGAAAACGCCCUCUGGGUAUAAGAGAGGCACGCCGUGGAGAAAUUAGUAUCAUUACUGUAGAAGACCAAGGAACUCUACUUCUGCAUGAGAAGAAAGAAGCAGUUGACCUCACACAGUAUAUUCUUCAGCACAUUUUUUAUUUUGAUGAAGUCUUUGGUGAGGCUUGUACCAAUCGAGAUGUCUACAUGAAGACUGCUCACCCACUCAUUCAGCACAUUUUCAAUGGAGGCAAUGCCACUUGCUUUGCAUAUGGACAAACAGGUGCUGGAAAGACCUACACCAUGAUAGGAACUCAUCAGAACCCAGGACUGUAUGCUCUGGCUGCCAAAGAUAUCUUUAGACAGUUAGAAGUGUCUCAGCCAAGAAGGCGCCUCUUUGUGUGGAUCAGCUUCUAUGAAAUCUACUGUGGACAGCUUUAUGACCUCCUAAAUAGAAGAAAAAGGCUCUUCGCAAGAGAAGAUAGCAAGCAUGUGGUACAGAUAGUGGGACUUCGAGAGCUCCAGGUGGAUAGUGUGAAACUCCUCUUAGAGGUAAUCUUAAAGGGCAGCAAGGAGCGCAGCACCGGGGCUACUGGAGUUAAUGCAGACUCCUCCCGCUCCCAUGCUAUUAUCCAAAUUCAGAUCAAAGAUUCAGCCAAGAGGACAUUUGGCAGGAUCUCUUUUAUUGAUUUGGCGGGCAGUGAAAGAGCAGCGGAUGCCAGGGACUCAGAUAGACAGACAAAGAUGGAAGGUGCAGAAAUAAACCAAAGUCUUCUGGCUCUGAAGGAAUGUAUCCGAGCACUGGACCAGGAACAUACCCAUACUCCUUUCAGGCAGAGCAAAUUAACUCAGGUCCUGAAAGAUUCUUUCAUUGGCAAUGCCAAAACUUGCAUGAUUGCCAACAUCUCACCAAGCCAUGUGGCCACCGAACACACUCUGAAUACCUUGCGCUAUGCUGACCGGGUCAAAGAACUGAAGAAAGGCAUUAAGUGUUGUACUUCAGCUACCAGUCAAAAUCAGACAUCUGGAAACUCCUCUCCAAAACGAAUACAGAGCUCCCCUGUACCCCUGCCAGGGGACAAGUGUUCUCCAAAAAAGGUUAAGCUGGGGCUUCAGCAGUCACUCAUAGCGGCACCUGGCUCCACAAGAGAGAAGGGCCAUCCUCUGGCUAGCCAUCCACCCAACAUCCCUUUUGCCUCUCUACCUAAAGUCCCUGGCAAAAGGGGUAUCUCCAGAAGGAGUCCUCCCCAAGAAUGGGUCAUGAAGACUAGCCCUGUCAAAGGAGCCAUACGGUCUGGACAUGUAGCCAAAAAGGGACUAGAAGAACAAGCACCACUGUGCUCUGAGAAAAAUCAAAUUGGCAACAAGACUGCUGUUGGGUGGACAAGCAGAGCCUCAGGCUCAGGAGAAGGCCUGGUGCGUGGCAAGCAACCUGCCAGGUGUAAGAAGGUGCAGACUGUGCAGCCAGUACAGAAGCAGCUUGUGUCACAAGUUGAGCUCUCCUCUGGCAACAGCUGUUUAACAGAGGACAGUCAGGACAGCAAGAUGAACAUGCCUGCCAGGCUUGCCUCUGAAGCUUGGACAAACAUUCCUCCACACCAGAAGGAGAGGGAGGAACAUUUGCGCUUUUAUCACCAGCAGUUCCAACAGCCACCUCUCCUCCAGCAGAAGCUAAAAUACCAACCACUGGAAAGUUUUUUAUGCCAACACAGGUCCAUAGAGGGUCAGGUCCAGAGUGAGACUCCUCCCUUCUGCUCUUAUUCUGAGAGCCAUGAUGGAGCCCAAGCCGAUGACCUUGAUGACAGUGAUUUCAGUGAAGAUUCAUUUUCACAUGUCUCAAGUCAGAGGACCAUGAAGCAAAAAAACACCCUGAAGAGCAAAAGCUCGUUCUUCCUUCAUCAGCACUGGGAACAAGUUCCUGAGGAGCAGGCAACAGAAAGACGGCAGUGUCUGUUUUUUAACUCCAGGACAGGUGCUGAUGAAAAGGGUCUAACUGAAAGCUGGAUGUAUUCCAGGGACCCCAUAAUAAGUCACAGAAGAGCAGCACUCAGUUGUAGCCAUAACCCAAGUAAGGUGCACUUGGACUGGAACAGAGAAGAUGACUCCUCCUCCUCAGGGCCUUCUCCCAGAGACAACCUGGCAGAAAAGUCUUCCUGCUCACAGGUGGAGUUUGUAUACAACCAGAAAAGAGGUGGAGCCCCAGCUUUCGACCUGAGACAGGAGACCUGCAGAGGUGGGGUUCUUGGGCAGACUGAAGGCAGUUCACCAUCCCCAGAAGUUGGUUUUUCUUUCUCACUAUCCCACAUUGCAGUUCCUGUGUCCCUAGACCAAAGAGACACAGUCCACACUCCACAGAAAGAAGUCAGUGAAGACACUCAGGCAAUGAAAAUAAUGAAAAAUAGUAAUCCUUUCCAAGGAGAAGACUCUAGAGAGCACUUAGGCACAUGCUCUGAAUAUGCUUCUGGACUAAUGGCUCCUCUCACUGUAUCCCUCCUGGAGACUCCAGAUGAAGACCUUUCUCCCUUGAACCAGCUGGCCCAGGAUGGGGCUGUGCACAGUCUAGUGGCAGAGAUCACAGGGGGACCAGCUGUGGGUGACACAGUAUCAUCUAGUGGUCAAGAGGCAGCCUUGCCAUUGUCUUCAGCAACUGGGCACCUGUGGCUGUCCUCAUCUCCUGAUAAUAAGCCUGGUGCUCUUCCAACUCUGUCACCAUCACCCAUCCGUCAGCACCCAGCUGAUGAACUGGUCAACAGGGAGGCUGACCUUCAGGAAGCCUGCCAAAGCACAAAGUCUGUACUCUUUUCCCAAGAACAUGUGGGUGGCGAGCAGUAUAAUGCUGAUGCUGAGGAAACAGAACUGGGUGGCCCUUGGGAUUUCCCAGGAAGGCCCAUCUCUACCCUACAUAUUGGGGUACCCCAUUCUGGACCUAUACUCACCCCAUGUACAGGAAGCACUGAGAUAGCUGGUCAGCCCUGGAUGCAGGAGAGAAAACAUCCUUCAGGACUCAGUUGGCAAGAGCUUGGUUUGUCCACAGACCCCAUCAAGUUGCCUUGUUAUGAGGACAGCACAUGGCUCAAACACAAGCCAGUCUCAAGGUGCUUAGCAUCACUAGACUUUCCUCUGGUUUCCAGCUGCUCUCCAAAGACUACAGGGACACCCCAUCAUCCCAUCCUAAAGCAAGCACAGCAGGUGGUCAUCCGUGCACACCAGGAACAACUGAAUGAAAUGGCUGAGCUGGGUUUCAAGGAGGAGACCCUGAUGAGCCAGCUGGCUUCUAACGAUUUUGAAGAUUUUGUGACCCAGCUGGAUGAAAUCUUGGCUCUGAAAUCCAAGUGCAUCCAAAGUCUGAGGAAUCAGCUGCAAUUGUACCUCACCUGCCAUGGGCCAGAUGCAGCCCCUGAGAGAACAGUGGUAUCUUAGAGCAAGAUCUUACCCUGGAUGGUGGGACAGUGUAGGAGCCUGUGUCAGGUAUUCAGGGUUUGGGAGAGGCCCCUGCCAGGUCCUCUCUGUCCAUCACUCACUCCCUGGUCCUACCUAUGCUAGCCUUACCCCAGCUGCAUAUAGCCUCAGAUGGGCCCCAGCUUCCCCCUCAGGGCAAGGCCUCUAUCCCUCCUCAGUUCCAAGCUCAGGAGCAUUCACAAGAAAGGAAGUGCCAGUCUGAAGACCUUAAUGCCCAUUCCUUUUCUUUGGGUGGCGCUCAAGAAGCAUUUGCUUUACUCACCCUGUGUCUGUGGAAAUACAUCUGGUUUUAACAAGUGUAGAUGUUCCUAAGUUUGAGUAUCAGAGUGAGAUGGUCAGUGGUAACCUGGAGAAAUCCACAGAGGUUGUAAAUUAGGAAAGAGGCUUGAUGAGCUGAAUUCUGUACCUUUCUGUCUUCAAAGACUACAACAUUGGUUAAAGAUUAAAACAUUGGUGCUAGCAGAGCAGCAGUGAGGUGAGCAGUGCUCCAUCAACCCUUGGAGAUUUUUGAGAAAUUGUAAAAUGAAUAAACUUUUGAUGUGUCUUUAACAGCAGAUUAGGGCAGGCUGUAUGCUAACAUGUUCCCCUCCCUUCCUGCAAUUCAGUUUUGAAACACAAGAGGGUGCCCAUGUCACUGCAUUUUUCUUUUUCCAUCUCUACCUUUUGCUGAAGUGACAGGCCUUUGGUCAAUGUUUGCUAACCCUAAUGCUUCUGUGGCAGUUCUUGGCUACCAUCUGUGAUUCUUCACUCCCUAUACCACUCAUGGAAUGAAUGAAGAACUGGAGGCGCUCAGGCAAGUCUAUCACCUAGGCUUGUUCUUCCAGGCUAGCCUGUGUUUAUUUUGGCACUAAGUGCUAUAGUCAAUAGUCUGAGGCCUCUGACACAGGAUACACCCCUCCCCCCUUCAUCUGAGUUUUGCUUGCUUGCUGUAUCAUCUUUUUAGCAGACAGAAGCUCAAGGCAAGGCAAACAAAGCAGCCUCCAGAGCCCAUCACUUCUGAAGGUCACCCUGAGUCUAACUGAGAUUCAUAUGACAUAGCCUUGGCUCAGAAGCCCAUUACCAUGUAAGCUUUAAUUUUUUUCAAGUUGUAGGAUAACUUUUAAGAGGAGCCCUUGGUACUUGCCUGUAAUCCCAGCACUUGACAAGCUAAGAAAGAAGGAUCAUGAGUUUGAAGCCAGCCUGGACAACAUAGUGAAACACUAUCUCAAAAAAAUAAAAGCCAAGAGGGCUAAAUGGCUGUCUUGAGACCCUCUGUCAGCCUCAGGUGGUGCUUAAUGUAACCACCAGAGGGCAUCCUACUCCCAGCUUAAGGUUCUGCAGUCCCUCAAAAAGUAAAUGAAAAUUUAGAGGCCCACUCCCAGCCAAGAACCCCAAAGGGAUGAUGGUAUAGUAUUAAGUGUAAGGCCAAAAAACUAGGGAUGAAUUCUUUCAGACACAGCAGCACCACUGAGAAAUGGGGAAGCACUUUAAAUCCAGUUCUGCCUGAGGCUGAGUACGUCAAUGCCUGGUACUACGCAGAGGAAAAGAGGCUUCCAUACCUCCUGAAGGACUCCCUAAAGCCCCAGCUGCUCACCCUCCAUAUCUGGCAAGAGGGCUUAGGUUUUUGGUCCAGAGACCAAGACUGUUUUGGUUUUGGUGUUUUUUUUCUGCAGUACUUGGGUUUUGGGGGGGGGUGGCGUUUUGUUUGCAGUACGUGGGCUUGAACUCAGGGCCUUUGCCUUGAGCCACUCUGGCAGGUGUGUGUGUGUGUGUGUGUGUAGGUGUGGCUAGGUGUUGCCUUGAGCCGCUC